UGUUAUGUCACUACAAUAACUUGAAUUUCACGAAAACGUAUGUUAUGUUUGUCUGACUGUUAACGCACUCAUAUGGUUUUAUUUUGAAAAAAAGACCGGACGUUCUUAUUCCUCUGCUAGCUUGGCCGUAGUACCCAAGAUGCUCUAUGGUAGAGGUAGAAAACACGUGAGAGGCCAGCUGCAGCUGGAGACAAAUUCGGCGGACGUCUGUCCAACGAUAAAUUAGUGUAUUUUGUUGUUGCGUUUUCUGCGGACGACUCAAGAUGGCAGCGAGCACCGAGGCCCCGGAGCCCUGGUACCUAGCCCUGCUGGGCUUUGCAGAACAUUUCCGCACGUCGAGUCCGCCUAAGAUCCGUCUGUGCGUUCACUGUCUGCAGGCAGUGUUUCAGUUCAAGCCGCCUCCGAGGGUCGAGGCCCGGACUCACCUCCAGCUGGGCUCGGUGCUGUACCGACACACAAAGAACAGUGAGCUGGCCCAGAUUCACCUGGAGAAAGCGUGGUUCAUGACACAACAAAUCUCUCAGUUUGAAGAUGUGAAGUUUGAAGCAGCAAGCAUCCUAUCAGAGUUCUACUGUCAACAGAACUUGGUGGACUCUGCAAAACCAGUGCUGCGGAAGGCCAUCCAAAUUUCUCAGCAAACUCCCUACUGGCACUGCAGACUGCUUUUUCAACUGGCACAACUACAUGCACUAGAGAAGGACUUAGUAUCGGCCUGUGAUCUCCUAGGAGUCGGGGCAGAGUUUGCAAGAGUCAUGGGCUCAGAGUACACAAGAGCUCUGUUUUUACUAAGUAAAGGAAUGCUGCUGCUAAUGGAGCGUAAGCUGAGCGAGGUGCACCCUCUGCUGACUCUGUGUGGGACCAUUGUAGAAAACUGGCAGGGAAACCCCAUUCAGAAGGAGUCCCUCAGAGUUUUUUUCCUGGUGCUGCAGGUGACACACUACCUGGAUGCUGGACAGGUAAAGAGUGUGAAGCCAUGUCUGAAGCAGCUUCAGCAGUGUAUCCAGACCAUCUCCACUCUCCAUGACGAUGAGAUCCUUCCCACUAAUCCAGCAGCUCUCUUCCACUGGCUGCCCAAAGAGCACAUGUGUGUGCUUGUGUACCUGGUGACGGUGAUGCACUCCAUGCAGGCGGGCUACUUGGAGAAGGCACAGAAGUACACAGACAAAGCUCUCAUGCAGCUGGAGAAGCUGAAGAUGCUGGACAGCAGUCCCAUCCUGUCCACGUUCCAAGUCAUCCUGCUGGAGCAUAUCAUCAUGUGCCGGCUGGUCACUGGACACAAAGCCACAGCUUUACAAGAGAUUUCUCAGGUUUGUCAGCUUUGCCAGCAGACUCCCAGGCUGUUUACAAAUCAUGCUGCCCAGCUUCACACACUACUGGGCCUCUACUGUAUCUCGGUGAACUGCAUGGAUAAUGCUGAGGCUCAGUUCACUGCUGCUCUACAGAUGACAACACACCAGGAACUAUGGGCAUUUAUUGUGACCAACCUGGCCAGUGUCUACAUCCGGGAAGGCAACAGACAUCAAGAGCUGUACAGCCUUCUAGAGAGGAUUAAUCCUGAUCACAACUUUCCUGUCAGCUCUCAUUGUCUACGAGCCGCAGCGUUUUACAUCAGAGGGCUCCUGUCUUUCUUCCAGGGACGUUACAACGAGGCCAAAAGAUUUCUGAGGGAGACCCUGAAGAUGUCUAACGCAGAGGAUCUGAAUAGGCUGACUGCCUGCUCGCUAGUCCUACUGGGCCACAUCUUCUUUGUCCUGGGCAACCACAGGGAAAGUAACAAUAUGGUAGUUCCUGCCUUGCAGCUGGCCAGCAAGAUCCCAGACAUGUCUGUGCAGCUCUGGUCCUCUGCACUUCUCAAAGAUCUGAACAAGGCUUGUGGAAACACCAUGGACGCCCACAAGGCAGCUCAGAUGCACCAGAACUUUUCCCAGCAGCUCCUGCAGGACCACAUCGCGGCCUGCAGCCUCCCUGAACACAACCUCAUCAGUUGGACAGACGGCAUCCCCCCUGUGCAGUUUCAGCCUCAGAAUGGACCUACUACCAGCCUGGCCAGCCUGCUCUGAGAACAAAAUCCCUCCCUUAAGGAGACACAGAAGAGCAAUUGCAGGGUAUUUUAAGUUUUUAAUUUUAAGUAAUUGAUGUUUUUUGGAAAGCAUAAGGUGUCAUGGGAACAUUUUUUAUUACACUGACACACUUUGGGGUGGUUGUAAUAGUUUGUUCUAUCAGCUCAAAAACAAAAAGAAAAAGAAAAGUUUGACAUUUUGGGAAAUAUGCUUAUUUGCUUUCUUGCAGAGAGUUAAAUGAGAAGAUUGACUUUUAUAUCUGUACGUUAAAUAUGAAGCUACAGCUA